UAUUGGCUAGCAUGCGAUGUGGCAGAUUUUUCCCAGCCAGCAUUGGCCGGCUUGUAAAUUGUCGUCCCUACCAAUCUUGAAAUAUAUUCCUUCUAGCGAUCCUUCACCCAAGCUACAAAGUACUAUAAAUGAGCACGUCCUAGCCAAUCCCUUGAACCAACAAUACCACAGCAAUCAAGCAAGCCAAGAAACAACAAUGGCCGCCUCCUCGUCGGCGCUCAUCAUUCUCCUUGCCGCAGCCCUGACCGCGGGGGCUAGCGCCAGGAGCUUCUCCAUCACGAACCGCUGCAGCUUCACUGUGUGGCCGGCGGCCACCCCGGUGGGCGGCGGGCGGCAGCUCAACGGCGGCGAGACAUGGAACCUCGACAUCCCCGACGGCACCAGCUCCGCCAGGAUCUGGGGCCGCACGGACUGCAGCUUCAACGGAAACAGCGGGAGAUGCGGCACCGGCGACUGCGGUGGCGCUCUGUCCUGCACGCUGUCCGGCCAGCCCCCGCUGACGCUGGCGGAGUUCACCCUCGGUGGCGGCACAGACUUCUACGACAUCUCCGUCAUCGACGGGUACAACCUCCCCAUGGACUUCUCCUGCAGCACCGGCGUCAACAUUCAGUGCCGCGACCGUAACUGCCCCGACGCGUAUCACACGCCACCGGAGCCCAAGACCAAAGCUUGCAGCGGCAACAGGAGGUUCAAUAUCGUCUUCUGCCCAUGAUGGCCUAGCUCUACCAUACGCAUGCAUGCUUGUCAUGCGCCAUGGCAUGCCACAAUGAUAUUUGUUGUACCGCUUCCAUUUUCCAUGUAAUAAUGGCCGUGCGAAUGUGUACGAGUGUCCAAUAAAGUCGAUACAUAAUAAAGGUAAAUAAUAUUAUCA